AGAUAUACAAAAGAAAGAUAAGGAAGCAGAAAAGGAAAGAGUUUUUAUGUGUUUUUUUGGGGACCAAAACCAAAAACCUUUUACAUAAAUGGACCUUUUUUAAAGAAAAAAAAAGGAACUCAUCCAUUUUCAUUUCUAUUUUUUCUUCAAUUAUCUCAUCACUUGUUGAAAACCAACCAAAUCAAAAAAAAAAAAACUUUCUUCGAUUUGAUUGAUCCAUAGAUCUACAUGAAGUUUCUAGCUUUUUUCAAUUCCCAGAUCUUUCUUUCAAGUAUGAACUGAAGUGGUCAAAUUUAAAAGCAAGGAGCAGGUACGGUGGUACGGUUAUGACUUUUUAAGACAAGCUGAGAAAAACAAGUGUUUUUAGUGUUGUGUUGAAGCAAAAAAGGAGGAUAUUCGGUUCGGUUUUCGGUUUUUUAGGGUCUAGUUUUUAAAUGAGAAUUUGGAGGUUUUUGUGGAUGAAAUGAGGGAUGUUAUCAGGGUUAAUGAAUUUGUUGAUGGCUUGUUUUUUACCGAGAUCUGAUAGACACGUUCACACGAGUUCCGAAACCGGAGGUCGACAAGAUGGUCUUUUAUGGUACAAAGAUUCAGGGCAGCAUUUCAAUGGUGAGUUCUCAAUGGCAGUGGUUCAAGCCAACAAUUUGCUUGAAGACCAAAGCCAGCUCGAGUCCGGUUGUUUGAGUUUACACGAGUCAGGUCCGUAUGGUACUUUUGUUGGUGUAUAUGAUGGACACGGUGGCCCAGAAACGUCCCGGUACAUCAACGAUCAUCUCUUUCAACAUCUCAAACGAUUCACUUCGGAGCAACAAGGGAUGUCGGUUGAUGUGAUACGUAAAGCAUAUCAAGCAACAGAAGAGGGUUUUUUGUCACUCGUUACCAAACAAUGGCCUAUGAAACCACAAAUUGCAGCUGUUGGAUCUUGCUGUCUGGUCGGUGUUAUCUGUAACGGAACUCUUUAUGUUGCUAACCUCGGUGAUUCUCGUGCUGUUUUGGGGAGAGCUGUGAAGGCAACAGGGGAGGUUCUAGCUAUUCAGUUGUCGGCCGAGCAUAAUGUGUGUAUAGAGUCUGUAAGACGAGAGAUGCAAUCAUUGCACCCCGAUGACUCACAAAUUGUAGUAUUGAAGCAUAACGUAUGGCGCGUAAAAGGUCUCAUACAGAUUUCCAGAUCGAUCGGUGAUGUAUAUUUGAAAAAGACGGAGUUCAACAGGGAGCCUUUAUAUCCAAAAUUCCGCCUUCGUGAACCUUUUAGAAAGCCGAUAUUGAGUGCAGACCCGUCAAUAUCAGUGCACGAGCUGCAGCCACAUGAUCAGUUUGUGAUAUUUGCAUCUGAUGGGCUUUGGGAGCACCUAAGUAAUCAAGAAGCUGUCAAUAUAGUUCAAAAUCAUCCACGGAGUGGAAGUGCAAAGCGGCUCGUAAAAACUGCACUACAAGAAGCAGCAAAGAAGAGAGAAAUGAGAUAUUCCGACUUGAAGAAGAUUGACCGUGGUGUCCGCCGGCAUUUCCAUGACGAUAUCACGGUAAUCGUGGUGUUUCUCGACUCAAACCUCAUGAGCAGGGCUAGCUCAGCAAAGGGCCCUAAUCUAUCCGUUAGAGGGGGCGGAGUUAACUUCCCUCCGAAUAUACUAGCCCCGUGUGCCACGCCAACCGAACCCGGCGGCACCUGAUCAUAUAUAUAUCUAUGUCGUGUUUUUUUUUUCGUUGUUGCAUCAUUUUCUUAUGUGAAUACCUGGUAGCUUCCGAAAAGCGAUAAAAACCGGAACAAGCCUUCGAUUCUUUGAUGUACACCACCGUUACUUUUAACCGGAAAAACUAAUACCUGCAUUUAGUUUUCGUCUAUGUUGAAAAACUCGAAACAAACCUAGAGAAAUAGUACAAGGUGUUGAUUGUUAUAGUUA